AUGACAUUCGGAACACCCCGCGGCCGGGAGGCCCUCUCUCUCAGUAUUGCAUUUACUACUUUAGCCACUGUUUUCACGUUUAUCCGAAUUUACACCCGAGCAUUUCUUGUGAAGCAGAUGGGCGCCGAUGAUUGGGCUAUUAUUGUGGCCCUGGCCUUUAGUUGGGCUUUUUUCGGUCUGUUUGUUGGAGAGGUCAAGUAUCUCAUGGGAGAGCAUUAUGAGAAAAUCCCGCCAGCCAUUCUUGUCAAACAAAUGAAGUGUUUCUGGGCAACGAUACCCUUGUAUCAAGCGAGUCUGCUUACUACCAAAGCCUCGAUUCUCCUACAAUACAAACGAGUCUUCUCGACACCGCGCAUGCGUUUCGCCUGUUGGUGCUUGAUUGGAUUUUUGGCCACGUACGGAUCGUGGACAUUCAUCAGUGCCUGGGUCACUUGCGUCCCUGUGUCCAAGUUUUGGCAUGAAGAGCAGCCUGGGUAUUGUCUUGACAAGAAAGCCCUUUGGUUCUCCAACUCUGCAAUCCACAUUUUCACGGAUAUCCUGAUCUUGGUAUUCCCCAUGCCAUCACUCAAGAACCUGCAACUCCCCAGACGACAAAGGUACGCCCUUAUGGCCGUCUUUGCUCUGGGUUCAUUCGUCUUGAUAACGAGCAUUCUCCGACUGAAGAGUCUCAUGGUCAUCUCCAACUCGUCUGAUCCAACUUAUGAUAACCCAGGCGCUGCCAUGUGGUCCGCCAUCGAAUGCAACGUCGCCAUCAUCUGCGCCUGCCUCCCCGGCAUCCGCGCCUUUAUCUCCAAGCUCCUCCCCCGCUUCCUCUCCAGCUACAAGAGCAAAAGCAACACCCGCACCAAGACCCAACGCAGCCGCGUCACCCAGUUCUCCAACUUCCAUGCUUCCAUCGCCGGCCGCCAGCCCGAUUUCCACAUGCAGUCUGUCAGCCACGGCCCGGAGGGCGGCGACUACAAGGCAAGUGAUUUCGAGGACGGCACUCCGAAUAAGAUCAAAGUCACCACCAUUGUGUCGCAGGAAUCCGUAUCGAAUGAUGCUUCGAGUGUGCGGCAGUUAUUAUAA